AGAUGGAUUUCAACCUGAGGCCUCUCCUGGAACAGCUGGAGCUGGAGGAGCUGAACAAGUUCAAGUCUCUGCUGAGGACCCUUCCCCCAGAAGAUGAGUUACAGCACGUGUCCCAGACGGAGGUGGACGAGGCCAACGGACAGCAGCUGGCGGAGAUUCUCACCACCCGCUGCCCCAUCUUUUGGGUGGAGAUGGUGACCAUCCAGGUCUUUGACAAGAUGAACCGAACGGAUCUGUCCAAGAGAGCCAAGGAUGAGCUCAGAGAAGCGGCUUUGAAGUCUCUGCAGAAAAACAAGGUUCCAUUGUCAGGGAUAGCACGAAUUCGGGAACCCAAAUGUGCAAACGAGGAAGAAAUACAACAGCAUUUAGAAGAAGGAGGAGAAGGAGGAGGAGGAGAAGGGGAAGAGCCAGGUACACAGGACACCUACAGCAGUAUAUGGGAGACAUCCGGGCCCAUCUGGAAGCAAAACCUUUGGCCCGAAGCCAGUGAAAAACUCCAUAGAUUCACGCAGAGAUACGAGAGGCUAGUCCCCUUCUGUAACCCCAACAUGCUGGCCGGGCCCUUCCCGCACACGGUGGUGCUGCAGGGCGCCGCGGGCGUGGGGAAAACCACGCUGGCCAAGAAGUGGAUGCUGGACUGGGCACAGGACCACCUCCCGGGGACAUUCCACUCCGCCUUCUACCUCAGCUGCAAGGGGCUGGGCCGCCAGGGCCCCUGCACUUUCACAGAGCUCCUGGCUAAAAAGUGCCCAGAUGCGCAGGAGGCCAGCCCCCAGGUCCUGGCCCAGGGGCAGAAGAUCCUGGUGGUCAUCGACGGCUUCAACGAGCUCAGGGUGCCCUCGGGGUCCCUCAUCCAUGACAUCUGUGGCGACUGGGAGAAGCCAAAGCCCGUGCCCGUCCUGCUGGGCAGUUUGCUGAUGAGAAAGCUGCUGCCCAAGGCCACGCUGCUGGUCACCACGCGCCCGGAGGCCCUGGGGGAGCUGCGGCUCCUGGUGGACCAGCCGCUGUUCAUCGAGGUGGAGGGCUUCCUGGAGGCGGACCGCAGGGGCUACUUCCUGAAGCACUUCGAGCAACAGGACCAGGCCCUGCGCGCCUUCGAGGGCAUGAAGGGCAGCCCGGCGCUGUUCCACAUGGGCGCGGCGCCCGCCGUGUGCUGGGUCGUGUGCACGUGUCUGAAGGGGCAGCUGGAGAAGGGAGAGGACCCGGCUCCCACCUGCCGGACCCCCACCUCGCUGUUCCUGCGCUUCCUGUGCAACCAGUGCUCCCCAGCGGCCCCUGGCAGGGGCCCCGUUCUGCACCUCCCCACUGCGCUCCAGGCUCUGAGCCUCCUGGCCGCCCGGGGCAUCUGGGCGCAGACGUCCCUGUUCGAUGGCGAAGACCUCGGGCAGCUGGGGGUCAGCGAGUCCGACCUGCGACCUUUCCUGGACGGCAAGGUCCUGCAGGCGGACGUGGACUGCGAGGGCUGCUACGCCUUCCUACACCUCAGCGUCCAGCAGUUCCUGGCCGCCCUGUUCUACCUGCUGGACCGCGCAGAGCGAGAGGACGCGGGCGGCUGGGCACCGGACAUCGGGAACGUGCGCGCGCUGCUGUCCAAGGAGGAGCGGCUGCUCAACCCCAGCCUGACCCCUGUGGGCUACUUCCUGUUCGGCCUCGCCAACCAGGAGAGGGCCCGGGAGCUGGAGGCCACCUUCGGCUGCCGCGUGUCCCUGGACGUCAGGCAGGAGCUGCUGAGUGAUGCGCAGCAGGGACUGGCCCUCUCCUCCAGGGCGGACACCCGGGAGCUGAUGCGCUGCCUCUAUGAGUCUCAAGAGGAGGCGCUGGUGAGGGAGGCCCUGGCGCCCAUCACGGAGCUGGCCCUGCACCUGCAGAGUGAGAGGGACCUCGUGCACGCGUCCUUCUGCCUCAGGCACGGCCAGGCCCUGCGCAGGCUCUGGCUGCAGGUGGAGAAGGGGAUCUUCCUGGAGAAUGAUGGGGCCUCGGAGCCAGGCACGUGGGCGGAGCGGUCCCAGAGUGAUCGGCACCUGCUUCCCUUCUGGGCGGACCUUUGCUCCAUGUUCGGCGCCAACCAGAACCUGGUAUUCCUGGACAUCAGUCGGAGCUUCCUCAGCACCUCGUCGGUCCGGCUUCUUUGUGAAAAAAUCUCCUCUGUGCCCUGUAGCCUCCAGAAAGUGGUCCUCCGAAAUGUGUCCCCAGCUGAUGCUUACCAGAACUUCUGCGUCAUUCUGGGUGGUUACGAGACUCUCACGCACCUGACCCUUGAAGGAAAUGAUCAGAAUAACAUGCUGCCCAUACUGUGUGGGGUCUUGCUUCACCCAAAGUGUCAUCUGCAAUAUCUCAGGUUGGUGUCUUGUUCGGCCACCGCCCAGCAGUGGGCUGAUCUCGCCUCCUCCCUCGAGACGAACCAUUCCCUCACGUGCUUGAACCUCACGGCCAAUGAGUUCCAGGACGAGGGCGCCAGGCUGCUGUACAUGACCCUGAGACACCCCAAGUGCAUCCUACAGCGGUUGUCGCUGUUCCACUGCAACAUAACCAGUGACGGCUGCAUCAUCCUCGCCAAGCUCCUCCAAGAAAGCUCUAGUCUCACGCACUUGGACCUGGGGCUGAACCACAUCGGAAUCACUGGGGUGAAGUUUCUGUGUGAGGCUCUGAAGAAACCGCUGUGUCACCUAAGAUGUCUAUGGUUAUGGGGGUGUGCGAUUACCCCUUUUAGUUGUGCAUACCUCUCGUCGGCCCUUAGCAGCAACCAGCACCUCGUCACUCUGGACCUGGGCCAGAAUUCCCUGGAGUACAGCGGGAUAAAGGUGCUGGGAGAUGCCCUGAAGCUUCAAAGUUGCCCUCUGCAGAAACUCAGGUUGAAGAUCGAUCAUUCUGAUGCCCAAAUCCAGAAGCUGCUGGAAGAAAUCAAAGAGGGCAACCCAAAACUGACUAUUGAGAGGGACAACCAAGAGCCCAGAAAUAACAGGCCUUCUUCUGCAGACUUUAUUUUCUGAAUCCCCGCUCCGAGUCAUUCGUUGUCCCUCCAAUCAAGGCGCCACGGCUCUUCGAGGCGAGGGUGAGCUUCCCGUGAGCCCGCUCAGUGUCAGGAGUUUCUGGACCCGAUGGGAUCUGAGCCAUGGUUGCACCCUCCCCCUUACACAAAACACGCACGUGUCACUUAAUCCUGUUAUGAUGAGCUGCCCCAAUCACGAGUUGAUCAAGAGAAAUAAAGGUGCACGCACUUGUGGAGGACGUUGUAUUUAUUAACAGAGUCAGACCAGAUGCAGAGGUCCAUCCAGGAGCCAUCUGAGAGAAGGCUGAAGAAAGAGGAAAGCCCGGCCAGUGGCUCAGUGGAUUGAGCAUCCUCCCAUGCACCAGAGGUCACUGGUUCGAAUCCCAGU